CUCUACUUCAGCCCCAGCGCCGCCGCCGUGGCCGUGGGCCGCUACCCCAAGCCGCUGGCCGAGCUGCCCGGCCGGACGCCCAUCUUCUGGCCCGGCGUCAUGCAGAGCCCGCCCUGGAGGGACGCGCGCCUUGCCUGCCCGGCCCAUCAAGGAUCAAUUUUGCUGGAUAAAGACGGAAAGAGGAAACAUACGAGACCCACUUUUUCUGGCCAGCAGAUUUUCGCCUUGGAAAAGACUUUUGAGCAGACGAAAUAUUUAGCGGGACCAGAGAGAGCCAGGCUAGCCUAUUCCCUGGGGAUGACAGAGAGUCAAGUCAAGGUCUGGUUCCAGAACCGACGCACCAAGUGGCGGAAGAAGCACGCGGCCGAGAUGGCCACGGCCAAGAAGAAGCAGGACUCGGAGACAGAGCGGCUGAAGGGCGCGUCGGACAACGAGGAGGAAGACGACGACUACAACAAGCCUCUCGACCCCAACUCGGACGACGAGAAGAUCACGCAGCUGCUGAAGAAGCACAAGCCGGGCAGCGGCGGCAGCCUCCUCCUGCAAGCCGCCGAGGGUGAGGGCGGCUCCUAA